CUUCGUCCCUUGGUGUUAGCAGCAACAACAACAUAAACAACACCAACAAUAUCCGCCGCUUUGUUGUCACUUCCUUAUGGAGAUUCUUGCAGACUACGUCGAGGCGCGAUAUCUUUGACAUCUGACACAGGUAGUCCCACCUUGCUACUUUAUGUAUAGCCAGGAUUGAAACAUUGGAUUCGCACAUUUCUCAAGGGAUGAAAUUUGUCCAAAACCUACCUCAACGGCUUGGCUUGCCACCCAGUUCAUAAAUAAAAAUAAUCUCACCGCUGACAAUGGCACAGUCUAGGCCCGACAUCGUCGUGAGGAACAAGGACGUAAGGAAGUACUUCAGUAACGUGGAGUGGAGGGAACUGUCAGAUUAUGAGAAGGAGCAGAUUAGAAAUGUCAUGCGAAAUUAUCUUGUUAUGACUUCAAUUGGAUUCAAAGCACCAUUACCAUUCUUCGUUACUGAUUUUGAAGCCAGACGGGAUCAAACCUCUGUUGAGCAGAAACAUUCUUCAUCAGCUUCGUUAAAAGUUAAAGACUGUAACCCGAAGAAUGAAGAGGCUACAACUCGAGGAAAAGGACAUUCCUCAGAAGAAGCUACAACUAGGGGAAGAGGACGUCCCCCAAAGAAUGCAGAGGCUCCAACUAGCGGAAAAGGACGGCCCCGACCCAUAAAGAAUGAAGAGGCUAUGACUCAAGGAAAAGGACAUUCCUCUAAGAAAGAAGAAGCUACAACUAGUAGAAGAGGACGUCCCCCAAAGAAUAAAGAGGCUACAACUAGAGGAAGAGGACAUCCCCCAAAGAAUAAAGGUGUAAUGAAUAUCAAGCAGGAUCCCAAGAGAGCUUCUAAAAUUGCUUCCAAGUCUCUUUCAAAGUCUGACUCCAAAACGCCUAAACCACCAUCUGUGCCUUCUUCAAAUCCAAUGCCUUCUAAGGAAAUUGGACCUACACGACAGCAGCCUCCUCGCCUCAGUAAAACCGCUGGUGUAAUUUUCAUGAAGAAAAGCAUCUUGGCUUCCAUUAGGAAGUAUACCUUUAAGCGUAAAUGAUUUCACUCUUGACUAUGAUAUCUCUUUUCCUUGUAUGGUUCCAGGAGUUUGUUUUCUUUUUUUAAAUAAUGAAUCAGUAUUUUUUUUUGUUUAAGA